UCCAAUGCAAAAAUAUGCCAUUUAUAUGGUCACGGUAGCAAAAAGAAAAAAGAAUAAAAAAAACCCUCGCCGUGUGGUGCUUCUCUUUCUCUCUAUAACAAACCUAAGCCUCAGUUUUUUCAAGUUUGCACCGAUUUAGAUUAAAUAAAAUCCUAUCACCAAAUCUUUAUCUCAGUCCCCUUUGGGUUCAAAUUUUAAAAGAUACACUUCGAAUUUUAAUGGAUUAUUCAUCAACCGAAUCAAAUACAGUGUUAUCUCUUUUCUUCCCAAUUUCAAUACCCUUCAAUUCUGUUUCUGCUCGUUGCUGUAUACCUUAUUAUUGUUCAUCUUUGUAUUCUUCAAAUUCCGAUUUAUUCUUCUAACAUAUAUAACCUAGUAACCCUAUAAACUAACCAAAAAAGAGCCGUUACAAUGGGAAAACGUAAUUCUCGAAGUAAAGCUGCUGCAAUGUUCGAUAGCGAUGACGAUAGUAGCGUGACUUCGUCAUCAACUGCUCGAUCUGAUCUCAUGUCUGUUUCUGGUACCGAAGAUGUUCAAUUUGAUCAAGAUUCCUUGCUUGACCAAGCUCUCGAUGCGUUAGAUGAAAAAAGGGGUUCCACGAGGGAAAAAGCCUUUUCAACCAUAAUUGACGCUUUGAAGAGCAAUAUGCAGCAUCAGUUUAUAGAAAAAAAAUUUGCUACUUUAUUACAUCAGUGUCUUGCUUCAAUAAAAAAAGGAUCCAAGAAGGCGUCCGCCAAAGAGAUAACUUUGGCAUCUCAUGCCAUUGGUUGUUUGGCCUUGACAGUUGGAUGUAGUGAUAAUGCACGAGAGAUUUUUGAAGAUUCUGUUUCUCCUUUGGAUGAAUCUCUUGCUAGAAGUACAGAAGUUUUGAAGGUUCCAUCGUUGCUGGACUGCUUGGCUAUAAUCACUUUUGUCGGAGGGAAUGAUCAAGAAGAAACAGAGCGAUCAAUGGACAUAAUGUGGCGAGUGAUCCACCCCAAAUUAGGUUCCAAUGUUGUUGCGGUCAAACCUUCUGCUCAAUUAAUAACCAGUGUGGUGUCUGCAUGGUCUUUUCUCCUCUCUACUGUGAGCAAUUUGAAGCUGAAUUCAAAACAUUGGCAAAGUUCAAUAUCUUAUUUAUCUAGUCUUCUAGAUAAAGAAGAUAGGUCAGUAAGAAUUGCUGCUGGCGAGGCACUGGCUCUGAUUUUUGAGAUUGGAGAUGUAGAUAAAUUUUCUACGGAGGCUAAGAAUGCAAGUGAUUUAACUCAAGAGAGUAAACCACAGGAAAGUUUCAUAUUUUUACAAGGAUUAAAAGGAAAAGUGAUAAAUCAAUGCAAAAAUCUUUCUGCGGAGGCUGGUGGAAAAGGUUCUGCUAAGAAAGAUCUUAAUAGUCAGAGGAAUCUGUUCAGAGAUAUCUUGGAUUUUUUUGAGGAUGGUUACGCCCCUGAAAUUUCAAUGAAGAUUGGUAGUGAUUCUCUACAGACAUCGUCGUGGUCCCAAAUGAUACAGCUGAAUUUCAUUAAACACUUCCUUGGAGGAGGAUUCAUUAAACAUAUGCAGGAAAACGACUUCCUCCAUGAUGUCUUUGGUUUCUCACCCAAGAAAAAGUAUCUCAACAGUGAACAUAGAAUGUCUGGUGGGGAAAAGAGAAUGUUUAAGUCUCCAAAUUCGGUUUUGAACAAGGCUAGGACCCAAUUACUUAAUAAGCAGAGGUUAUUAUCCGAGGGCAGGAACGCCGGCCAUUAUGCAGUUAGUGUGGUUGAAGAUGAAGCAUAAGUUUGAGUGAGAACAAAAAUUUAUAUCAUGCUUCAUUUGGGGAUUUUAACUAUUCAGUGGACAUAUAUUUAUUGUGUCGGCUGUGGCACUGUUCGGAACUGUUUGACUCACUCAUUGCGAACUAGAUUCGCCUAGUAUGACGUUUCUGUAAUACGGAGUACUACUCUGGCCAAUGCUUACAUCUGUUCGUCAUUCCUAGUCAAUGUCAUAAACACCUUUUACUUCCUUAAUGUGAUAUUAUGUUGAUUUAUUUGAAAUUUUUAUUCCGUACCUUA